ACCGGAGCCACAGAUCGAGUGAAGCCACUCAGAGCAGGAUGGGAUCAGACAGGAGGAUGUGUUGGCUCCAGCUCCGGCUGAUCGCCUGCCUCCCGUUUUUCUCCCUUUUCUCACCAGCAGCUGGUGCUCCGACAAAUGUGAUGUCUGCCCCCAACCUGCUGAGAAUCGGAACAGAAGAAAGAAUUUUCAUUGAGAUUCAAGACAAUGGGAAUACAAAUCCAAAUGUGAACGUUCAAAUAUAUGUGAAGAACCAUCCAACCAAAGUCACAACAUUGGCAUCCGCAUCCGUGACUCUAACGCAUCAAACGAACUUCCAGGCCUUUGCAAAAAUUGUGAUUCCUCCUGACACAUUUGACAAUGACCGUAACGGAAAGCACUACGUCACUCUUCAGGCACAAUUCCCUGGUCAAUUGCUUGAAAAAGUCGUGUUAGUUUCCUUCCAAUCUGGCUUCAUUUUCAUUCAGACUGACAAACCCAUCUACACACCCAGCAGCCCAGUUCGCUACAGGAUUUUUGCGAUGUGGCCCGACAUGCAGUCCCAAUCGGCUACUUCAAUCAACUUUGAAAUUGUGACCCCUGUUGGAAUUGUUAUAGAGUCUAAGAUUAUCUCACUCAGGAAGAUGCCGUCAGGAAUCUACGCGGAUGAGUACCGUCUGGGUAAUAUUGUCAGCUUUGGAAAUUGGAGGAUGGUAGCCAACUUUCACAGCAAUGCAGCAGAAAGUUUCACUACAGAGUUUGAAGUUAAAGAAUAUGUGCUUCCCAGCUUUGAAGUUAAAUUGUUGCUUCCGUCUCAGAGCCCCUUCUUCUACGUUGACAGCAAUGCCCUCAAUAUCACCAUCAAAUCUACGUAUACGUUUGGUAAAAAGGUGGAUGGGACCGCUUAUGCGGUGUUUGGGCUCAUGACCGGCGAUAGUAAAAAGAGCUUUCCAAGUUCCCUUCAAAGAGUCCCGAUCCAAAAUGGCAAGGGAAUGAUAACUCUACUGAAGGAACAUAUCACAGAAAUCCACCAAAACAUUCUCGAUCUGGUCGGAAGGUCCAUAUAUGUAUCUGUCAGUGUGCUGACUGAGAGUGGCAGUGAAAUGGUGGAGGCAGAAUUAAGAGGAAUCAAGAUUGUCCAAUCCCCUUACACCAUCCACUUCAAAAGGACACCCAAAUAUUACAAACCAGGGUACUCGUUUGACGUAACGGUGGAAGUUUUGAAUCCAGAUGGUUCUCCAGCAGUGGGCAUACCUGUGAUCGGUAAUCCCGGGGAAGUUUCGGCCACCACUGGAAGCAAUGGGAUGGCGAUGCUUCCUUUGAACCACGCCAAGACGGCGUCAGAAAGUCUGCAAAUCACAGCGCAGACUAAUUAUCCUGCAGAUGCACCAAAUAGACAAGCAAGGACCACAAUGGUUGCUCAUCCAUUUAAAUUCUCAAACAGUUUACUUCACCUAAGUCUUUACACAGCAGAAGUGAAGGUAGGGGAACACAUGAAAGUCGAAGUCCACUUCAAGAAUCCAGAAAGUCAGGAAAAACACAUCACAUACCUGGUAUUAAGCAGAGGUCAGCUGGUGAAACAUUUCAGACGAAAAAAUGCUAAUCUAAACCAAAUGUCUGAGACGUUUCACAUUACAAAAGAAAUGCUGCCAUCGUUCCGCAUUGUAGCCUACUACCAUACAAGUUCAAAUGAACUGGUGUCAGAUUCUGUUUGGGUGGAUGUGACCGACACCUGCAUGGGAAAGCUGACACUGGAAAUGGAAACGUCUGCCGCGAGUUAUGAACCCGGGAAGACUAUCAAUGUGGUGGUAAAAGGAGAUCCAGGGGCCCGAGUGGCAAUGGUGGCUGUUGACAACGCCGUCUACAUAUUGAACAACAAGAGCCGCCUCACGCAGAAAAAGAUAUGGGAUGUUGUGGAGCAAUAUGACACAGGCUGCACACCAGGUAGAGGGAAGGAUUCGAGGAAUGUGUUCUUUGAUGCAGGACUCUUGUUUCAGAGCAGCCAUGAUGGAUCACCAUCCAGAACAGAAUUAAAAUGCCCCACUGCCACCAGGAGGAAAAGAGAAAGAACCAUCAUGGAAGUCAGAACUAGCUUAAUAAGUGGUUUUACAGAACAAUUACAAAAGGACUGCUGUUUGGAUGGUAUGAAGGAAAUCCCUGUUUCAUACACCUGUGAGAGGCGCACUGAGUACAUCACGGAUGGUCCAGAAUGCAAGCAGGCCUUCCUGCAUUGCUGCAACGAGAUGAAAAAACAGAGAGACGAGAGGAAGGUGGAAGUCCUACACCUAGCUCGCAGUGAGACAGAUAAUUACAAGAUAUCCAAUGACAUAGUGUCACGCUCCAAAUUCCCAGAAAGUUGGUUUUGGAAGGAUAUUUCGCUAAGAAGCUGCCCUCCAAGCGACCCCGACUGUGGGACUGUGAUGACCCAAGCUUUGCCGGACACAAUCACGACGUGGCAGCUGACUGCCAUCAGCAUGUCAAAAACUGAUGGUCUCUGUGUGGCCAAACCAUUGGAGAUCACUAUCUUUAAGUCGUUCUUUAUUGACCUAAGGCUGCCCUAUUCAGCUGUUCAAGGAGAGCAACUGGAAAUUAGGGCAAUUCUCCACAACUACAACAACGAUGCCAUCACUGUACGCAUUGAGCUUAAGGAGGAGAGCAGUAUUUGCAGUGCAGCUUACAAAAAAAAGUGGUUUCGAAGUGAGGUCCAAGUCGGACCCAAAACUACAAGAGCUGUACCUUUUAUCAUUAUUCCCAUGAAGCAUGGAUCUUUUCCUAUUGAGGUCAAAGCGUCUGUUAGAGGCUCUGAGCUCUCAGACGGAGUCAGAAAGACGUUGCUUGUUGUGCCUCAAGGUGUGCUGAUGCAAGAGCAAACAAAACGAAUUCUGGAUCCUGCUAGAAAAGGCGGAAGGCAAGAGGAAGUUAUUAACAGUAACAUUUCCAUGGCCCAUCUGGUUCCACAUACACCGAGGACCACUCUGAUCUCUUUGACAGGUAUUGAGCAGAUGAAUACACUGUUGGAUAACGUCAUUAGUGGGGAGUCCAUGGAUAAUCUAAUUAGAGCGCCCUAUGGAUGUGGAGAGCAGAACAUGGCUAGGAUGACCCUCCCUCUAAUUGCAGUUUUAUAUUUGGACAAAACCAACCAAUGGGAAAGUGUGGGCUUUGAAAAGCGCAAUGAAGCUAUACAACACAUUAAAACAGGUCACCAAACACAGCUCUCAUUUUGUAAAGACGAUGGAUCUUUUGCUGUUUAUAGUUUCUUGCCAAGCACCACCUGGUUGACUGCGUAUGUUGCCAAGGUGUUUGCCAUGGCAUCAGCCUAUGUGCACGUUGACUCCAGUAUGGUAUGUGGUGCUAUCAAGUUUCUGAUUCUUCAGACCCAGACACCAGAUGGCAUGUUUGUGGAAGUCGGAGAGGUAUCAGAUAAGAGUAUGAUAGGGGAUGUGGGCGGUGUAGAUUCAGACGCCUCCAUGACUGCUUUCUGCCUGAUUGCCAUGAAGGAGUCAAGUGAAAUGUGUUCCGACUAUAUUCCAAGCCUUCAAAACAGCAUGAGAAAAGCACAAGACUACUUGAAAAGACGACUGCACAGACUCACCAACCCUUAUGCUGUUGCGCUGACAUCAUACGCCCUGGUGAACUUUCAAAAACUGGACAAAGGCGUUCUCUUCAGGCAUUCUGCCCCAGAUCGAACCCACUGGCCUGUUCGAAAGGGGAAGGAUGCUACACUGGAGGCCACAGCUUAUGCUCUUCUUGCACUUGUUAAGGACCAGGCAUUUGAUGAAGCCAAACCUAUCGUACGAUGGCUCAGCCAACAGCAAAGGUACGGCGGAAACUACGGAUCAACUCAGGCUACUAUAAUGGUGUAUCAGGCUGUGGCAGAGUAUGCCUCCACUGUGAAUGAGCCUCCUUUUGAUCUAAAAGUGGACAUAUCAGUAAAAGGCAGAUCACUGAUGAACAAGAUAAGCUUUAACAAUCGAAAUCACUACACCACUAGAACAUCUAAGAUUGACGGCAUUAAUAAGGAUGUCGCAGUGACUGCAACAGGGACAGGAGAAGCAAUGUUUAAUAUGAUAUCACUCUAUUAUGCAAUACCAACAGAAAAGGAGAGUGACUGUGAGAUGUUUGACCUAAAAUUGGAGCUUAUUGAAGUAAGCAGUGAAGAAAAUAAAAGAGUGUACAAGCUCAAGAUAGAAGUUAAGUACAAAAACACGGAGCGCGAUGCGUCCAUGUCAAUCUUGGAUAUUGGUUUACCAACAGGCUACAAAUUUAACAAAAAUGACCUGGAUGCAUUGUCUAAAGGGCGCGAUCGCAUCAUCAGUGCAUAUGAGGUAAACAAAGAGCUUUCCGAAAAGGGAUCCCUGAUCAUUUAUCUGCUUAAGGUUCCCAACACCAGAUAUGAAGAAAUCUCUUUCAAGAUAGAACAAAGCAUGACAGUGGAGUACUUGCAACCUGCUGCCGUGUCAGUCUACGAGUACUAUGACAUUGCUUCAGAGAAACGGUGUGUGAAGUUCUACCGUCCGCAAAGGAAAAGUGGCGAGUUAUUGAGGCUUUGUCAAAACGAAGCAUGUCAAUGUGCUGAAGAAAACUGCAGUAAACAGAGAACAGAGCAAAUCAGCAACGAUAAGCGUCUUGACAAAGCUUGUGAAUCCAACGAAACAAGCAAAAUAGAUUUUGUUUACAAAGUACGAGUGGAGGCUUUUUUGGACAGUUACACCACCGACUCCUACAAUGUGAGCAUUUUGCAAACCUUUAAGCAAGGGACGACUGAUGAGAGUCCACAGGGCAAACACCGCACAUUCCUUACUUAUCUGCACUGCAGAGAGGCGCUAGGUCUGACACCGGGCAAAACCUACCUGAUCAUGGGUACAUCGUCUGAUAUUCACAUCGUUGGCACCUCAUACCGGUACAUAAUUGGUGAGACUACUUGGGUCGAGUACUGGCCAACCAGAGAAGAGUGCCAGACUGAAGCCCAUCGUCCUGUUUGUAUGGAUUUGGAGUUAUUGGAGGCUCACAUGUUAGACUUUGGAUGUAUGAUGAAGAAAUAGAAAAUGAAAAGUUAGCUAUCUUGCUACUUAUUCUGAAAUCCUUCUUGAUAAUUGUUUUUUUUUUCUUCAAACACAGUUCCACCUUGUAAAGUGAGGUUUUCAUACUUUACAUCAACUGUCACUAACAAAGGGCUCUUAUAAGUUGAUGUUUAAUGUGUAAGGUAUACCUUAAAAUUGUUACGAAGAACAUGCAAGUGUAUUUGCAGGAACUGUCUCUUGUUUUAAGCACACAUGCAAAUGGAUGUUAGCCAAAAUAAAGGAAUACAAUUAAA